AUGCCGUUACCGUGGCUGUGGACGCUGCUGCUGUCACUACUGAUCUACACAACUACAUGGCCGCUGGAUCGUCUUCCGGGUGGAGACAGUGGCGAGUUGCUGGCCGAAGCAUGUAUUGGAGGCGUGGCGCAUCCGCCCGGGUACCCUCUGCUGCUCUCGCUGUUACGAGCCGUGCGCUGGGCUGCCCAAAAGUGUUGCAGCGAUGGAGACAACUCGAUACACUUCGUUCUAUUGGCAAACACAAUGAACACCUUCAUUGCAGCAGGUGCAGUGGCGUGUGUGGCGCAUACUGUCUACUUGAUGACAAGUAAGAAGGCAUCGGUGGAGGCGGUGGCGGCCGGACUCUGCUUCGCGCUGUCCAAGCUCACGUGGGAGUACGCUCGCGGUUUCGAGGUGUUUGCACUUAACAACUUGCUAGUCGGAAUACUACAUUUAUUGGUCGUGAGGCACUUCAUACAACCGACGAUGAAAUGUGCGUGCUUGGGGGCGUUCGUGUGCGGACUUGGACUCACGAACCAACACACGAUCGUUCUCUUCGAAGGACCGUUCAUCUUGUGGGUACUGUUGACGCAUCGCUUUCGUCUGGUGGAGCUUUUGGCGCUGGCAUUAGCGUUUAUAUCGGGCUUGUCAAUAUAUCUACAAACGUUCCUAGCCGCCCAAGAACCAACGCCAGGGUCGUGGGGAGACACAUCAACAUUUGCUGGCUUAUUUGAUCAUGCACGACGGAAGGAGUACGGAACGUUUAGACUUUCGCCUUUGCAAGGCGAUUCAGAGGGGCUUUUGGUGCGCUUAAAGAUAUACGCUAUGGACUGCGCUGAGGAUUUUCACUGGAUUGGACUCAUCUUGAUGUGCCUAGGAGCGAAAACGCUCAUGGUUUCAUACACAACUCAAAGUAAACUUGCUCAGAAACGCUCUUCAUCCUGGUAUCACCGUGUUGGGUAUGCACAAAUGUCCGCCUUGGCGUGCUACUUGCUGGUGUUUCACUCUUUGGCGAAUCUUCCUCUCGAUUCACCGAUGCCGCGCGCAGUUUCCAGCCGAUUCAAUAUGCAGCCGAACACAAUCCUUGCUAUCUGGCUAGGUCUUGGGCUUACAGUAGCCACGCAUGGUGUUGCAGCGAUGGUCGCUGCAGACGGCAACUGGAUUAGAGCUAUUCGCUAUUCAAUCUGCUUGACGUUGGUAGCAGCUCAAUACCAGCGAAAUCGUCUCGUUGGUCAUGACUUACCCGGAGACUUGAUUCGAAGACAUGGAGAAGCCAUCUUUGACGUUAUCCCUCGCAAUGGUGUACUGCUCUCGUACACAGACAUCAACUGGAACUCGCUACGCUACCUGAAGGCUUGCGAAGGAAUGCGGCCAGACGUGACUUUACUAAGCCUUCAGCUCAUGCCAUUUCCGUGGUUUCCACGCCAACAUGCACUGUAUCCAACUAUCGUCUUCCCGCCAAUACAGCGUGGAGUUUCGACGGUCAAAACUUCGCCAGGAUACGCGAGGCUUUUGCACGAUUUCCUUGCUGCAAACAUAGCAAUAGACAGUGAUCAUCUAUUCCUCGACCUCCAUGCUGUGGUAUGUGCAUAAAGUCACCUCUAACUGUC